AUGCUUGCACUCGAGAAAGAUCAACGAGCUCUAAAUGAGUUUCAACCGCCACCAAAUGAUAAAUCUGAACCACGAACGCCAGAGGAUAAUAUAAUUAGAGAUCCCGAGGAUAAUCCGUUUCUUGUGAGAUCAGAGCUUUCUGAAUAUGAUGAGGAAACAACUGAAAAGGAUGAAGAAGAGAACUGUGAUUCUGAGGAGCAGGGUAGUGAUGAGGAUGCAGACAUAGAUGUUUCUGGAGCCACGGGAGCGAAACUAACGGAUGCAUCGAAAACGGAAUAUAAAAAGAUGUAUGAGAAUAUGGACGAAACGCUGAAAUGGAGACUCAAGUCUGGACGAUAUGUGGAAGACGUUAUUUAUGAAUUUGGCUGUUCGUGUCAGUUUGAAGAACCGUCAAAUUAUGAGCUUUUUACAACCGAAGAAAGAGAAGAUAUUAAAUCUAAAAACAUCAAAUGCAAUCCAGAACCUGAAGAAGAUGUGAUAACUUGCCUUAACGCGUUUAAUAAGACAAACGUGCAUGAUAUUCGUGAGGUGAUGGCGCAGUUUUCAAUGCGCCAAGGUUCCGAAUAUACCAUUCAAAAGGACUUUUCAACCGACGUAAUAAUUUAUGCUAUUCAUAGUCUAAAGAAUAAUAAUGGUCAGGCACUGGAAUUCGGAAGUUCAGAAGUAGGGAGGUUCUAUAAUAGCAAGAUGAGAACUAAAUGGCUUGUUGAGAGUGGAUUGAAACUGCCAAAAAUCCUUCGCGAUAUGUUUACUGCGCUCUGCGAUCGGGUGAAAUGGCGAGCUGAUAUAAUUCAGAAUCUAGAAACUGUUGGGACGCGUUAUGAUGUUAAUGUCAUUGGACAAUCCGGAUGGAUAUAUUAUGCGCCUUGCCUUACCAAGGGUAAUAUCUUUGAAAUGCCAGAGAAUGUCGAGUUGUUCGCAUUGGCAUUAGAAUUGAUCAGCGAUGUUUGGAUGUUCAAGAAUUCAAAGAACUAUGAGGUUGGCGCAAAAUAUUCCACUAGAUUUAAAAAAGGUUGGAUUGGUAAACCACAAAAAAGUAGUCAAAAACAAAUUUCCUGCAACAUUCACGACACCUCGCAAACCUCGAAAGAAGCCAUGUAG